ACACAAUAUAUAUUAAUUAAAAUAUCAGUCGUCAGAGAAAUGGUGGUGGAACUAGGAUAGUAAAUUAUUGGAAAAUAAUUAAAACGGCGUUUCAUGCAGUAAAAAAAAUUGUCUAUUCGUCUUUUAAUUGCUAAAAAUACAAUUUUUAAAAAUGAGUACUUUAGCUUAUCCACCAGAAGAAGAGAUUUUCAAAUUUUGUAGGAAAAAAUGCGGUGUUAUUACAACAACAGAAGAUCAACAAUACUUUGCGCUUGGCUGUCUUCUUUGUACAGAAAAGUUUCUUUAUUUCGAUGCGUUUAUUGGGCACAUGCAAAUCGAGCAUCCAGCCCAAGAGCAGGGUAUAUUCGGAGGUACAUAUAAUGAAAUGCAAAAUGAUAUUAUGAGUGGCAUUGGCAAUGGAAAUGGGAAAGACGAAGAUUUUAAUGACACGGAUCCAACAUUGUUAGAACCACAAAUGGUUAUGGUUAAAGAGGAAAUACUGGAGGAGCCUGAUGAAGAUGAUGCACCGUUAAUUACUGGUUUUUCAGCUGAAAAUGAAGCUGCAGAUGUUGCGAUAUCAUUUUUAAGUAAAAUCAAAGCAGAACUGCCAGACGCAGAUAUCAGUUUAGAAGAAAUUGAUCAACAUAAAUUAUUAAAUGAAAGUUUUAAUAGUUUCGACGAUUAUGGAGUCGAAGAUGAUUACAUACAAGAUCAAGAACCAGAUGUAAGUAAUAUUGAUGACGAUGAAGAUGAAGAUGACCCUAAUUAUGAUAAUCAAGUAGAGGAAUCAUUAUUAAGCGACAAAGGACUAACAUUGCACAUUAAAGAUCGUAAAAUGAUACAAUUUGUAAUAGAUUCGUAUCGGCGUAACUCUUUUUUGUGGGACCAUCGUCAUCCUCAAUUUCGUGAUCGUGUGAAAAGACAAAAGUUUCUGGAAUGGAUAGCAGCUGAGUUUAAACGACGUUUCAAUAUUUCACUAGCAAAGGAUGCUGUUACGAGGAAAUGGGAUAAUUUGCGCACUGUUUAUAAACGCGAGUGUAAUCGUAUGUCAAUAGAAAACACAAAUAUAAGUACUUUAUGGUACUUCAAGGAGCUACAUUUUCUAAAUCGUAUAUAUGGUGGCAAUCAAAAGAUGUCUGAAGCUGUAAUACAAGAAACUGUCUACCGUCGUCGUUACUCGGCACUUUGGAAUGAUGUCUCUACAGCGAAACUGUUAGCUAUGGUGAAAGAAUUUCCAUGCUUUUAUAAUAAAUACAACUGUGAUUAUCGUAGCAAAGAGAAAAGAGGAGAAGCCUUACAGCAAAUGGCAGCAGAAUUACAGCAAAUGAUCGAUGUGACAACAAUACAAAUCUCAAAACGUAUAUCACAGUUGCGUUUCGAUUAUUCCAAACAAAAAUACGAACGUCUAACAUGUGAGCAAGGCAAUAAAGUAUUCGUACCCAGUUAUACCUAUUACUAUCAAAUGAAUUUUAUGGAUGACGAUAUAGCACCAUUCAAAUGCGAUCAUUGUCCACAAAUAUUACAAACAUCCCGAGAGUUUGAGGAACACCUUACGACACAUCAGAUAACAACCAACAGUGCCUAUGUUUGUCGCAUCUGUUCGAUGUCCUUUACAGAUGUCGAGCAAUAUCAUCAGCAUAAGCGCGUACAUUUACCACAGCAAAUGAAAGAAGUUAAGUUUCAAUGCGAUUUAUGUACUGCAAGCUUUCGAGAAAAAUCCAAUUACGAUGAGCAUAUGCGAAGACACAAUGAUGAAUUGUUUCUACCAUCACUUGUUAAUACUAGUAAUGAUGGGAAUGUAUUCGAUACGGAAAAACCAUUCAUAUGCGAUGUAUGUGGUAAAGGUUUCGCCAAUGCCAACUAUCUGAAUUCUCAUCGGGUAUUGCAUGCAGUAAAUCGACUGUACCCAUGCGAUUAUCCACAAUGCACCAAAGCAUUUUCUUCCCGCCAAACUUUAGUUGAGCACACAAGAUCACAUUACAGUGCGGAGAUGUACAACUGCGAUACAUGCGGCAAAGGUUUUAAAUCUGUUAAAAAUCUACAUAAUCACAAACAAAUACACGACGCUGUCAAAAAAUAUAUAUGUAAAAUAUGUGGUUCAGCUUUUGCACAAGCAGCAGGUUUGUAUUUGCACAAGCGUCGACAUAAUCGUCCCAAUUCGCGUAUCCGAUCCGGCUUCUUAUAAAAUAUGCUAUAUAUGAACACAUAAGACGAUUUAAAAACAAUUUAAAAGGUAUUGAACAAAACUAAUUAGUUAAACUUAAGCAAAUAUUCAAUUGCAACAUCAUAUAUAGCGAAACGUUGCACGUUUAUACAAUAACUCUAGAAAGUACACUUUCUAAUGAAAGUCAGCUAUGAUGUGAAAUAAAAAAAUUAUAUAUUAUAUAUUAAAUGUCGAAAGUAAACUAUAGCGAAAGAAGGGAUAUGCACUGAGAGAAUGCCUACAACAAUAUAUAAAAUAUUAAAUGUGUAUGCAAACCAUGUAUGACCAAACAUAUAUCAAAAGCGCAGUUUACAGUUUUUAUAUGUACAAUAGCAAAUUAUAAAUUACAAAUUACAAAUAUAAAUUACAUUAAAUAUAGUAAGUGAGAAUCCAAAUAUUGAAACAAGUGUAUGUGUGGGUAUGCGCCUUAUGAUUGAACACUGUCCAAAGUGUCUCGCCAUUCUUUCUCCAAACUCCCAAACUCUUAUACUUCAAACUCUUAUAAGUUUCAAUUUGGAAUUUAUAUAAGCAAACAAUAAGUUGAAAAAUUCAUUAAAUAUAUAAAGAAAUGAUAUAAACUACUUAGGUAGAAUAUGAGCCAAAUGAGUCCAAUAUAAAAGAUAAAUACAGAGGAAAAUAAAAAAAGAAAAAAGCAAAAAUGGGUUGUAAAUACGAUAUGGAAUUGAAAUGAAUACUGCAAAAUCCGAUAUAUCUAAAUCUAAAUUCGACUCAACAAUAUACAUAACUUAGAAGCAAAAUCGUUCAAAGUGUGCAAUUUAGAAGAAAUAUAAAUGCUAACACAAAUAUUAUAAAAUAAGCGUAAUUUUAAAUCGUAUUUAUUACUUAAUACAUCAACAUUAUUAACUGUACUUAAUGUAAUUUCUAAGUUAGAAACUCAAAGAAAAUAUUAUUUUUAUAGUGAAACAGAAAGAGAAUACGUUAAGAAUAAUAAGGUUUGUCCCAAAUGUCCCAAAAAGAAAUUGUCAAUAUUUUAACAAAAGUUUUGUA